CGCCGGCGGACUGGUGACAGCCGUGGCCCCGGUCGUGAUCCAGUGCGGCGGGCUCUGGGUGGGCUGGCCGGGGAUCGACCUGGACCAGCCCGUCCCCGCCCCGAAUCGGCCCCGGGGGACAAGGGCCCCUCGGCGGGCCUCAGGUCGGAACAGGUCGUGCCGGUCCACGUGGAGGAGCAGAUGUUCGACGACUACUACAACGGCUGCUGCAAUGCCACCUUCUGGCCCCUCUUCCAUUCCAUGCCCGAUCGGGCCGUCUUUCAGGUGGACAAGUGGGAGUGGCUGAGCGUGCAGAGGAAGAUCGAGCGACCGAAGAGUUUCGGCGGACGGUCGCCCGCUCUGCGGGUGCCUCCCCGUCUCCUCCCCACCUCCUCCUCGUCUCCUCCCCACCUCCUCCUCGUCUCCUCCCAGUCUCCCCCUCGUCUCCUCCUCGUCUCCUCCUCGUCUCUGACCGGACGCGGCGGUUUUCCUAUCCGCCAUCAUUCCCUGUGGGAGUUGGAAUUCGAGCGAUUGCAGUGGACGUACACUGUCCAAACGGCAAACGCCUCCGUCCUCGUCCGACAGGCUUACUCGACGGUGAACGCGAUGUUCGCCGACCAAGCGGUGGAGUCCCUGAAGAUGCUGAAGGCGAAGGAGAAGGAGGGCGAGGAGCGCAUCCCCUUGGUCUGGAUCCACGAUUAUCACCUCAUGCUCGCUGCUAAUAACAUCCGGCAGCGGUUCGAGGAUAUGGCCAACGCGGCGCCCAGGGCGCUGCAGUCCUCCCAGCAGAUCAUCCUCGGGGUGGAUCGACUCGAUUAUACCAAAGGACUCGUAAACAGGAUCCGAUCGUUCGAGAGACUGCUGGAGAAACAUCCCGAGCACUUGGAGAAGGGAGCGUUGAUGCAGGUGGCCGUCCCUUCCCUGUCGGACGUGAUGGAGUACCAGCAGCUGAAGGAACAAAUAGACCUGGAGGUCGGACGCAUCAACGGACGCUUCUCCACGGCCAAUUGGUCGCCCAUCCAGUACAUCUACGGGUGCAUUCCCCAGGAUGAGCUCGCCACCUUUUACAGGGAUUCGUCUGUGGCGCUGGUGACCCCUCUUCGAGACGGAAUGAACCUAGUGGCGAAGGAAUACGUGACCUGUCAGGUGGACAAGCCAGGCGUGCUGAUCCUGUCUCCCUUCGCGGGAGCCGGGGAGACGAUGCACGAGGCCCUGCUCGUGAAUCCCUACGAACUGGACGGCGUGGCGGACACCCUCCAUCGGGCCCUCACCAUGCCCGACGACGAGCGGGAGAUGCGCAUGAAUCACCUGAAAAAGAGGGAGAAGACCAUGAAUCUGGACUUCUGGCUCAGCUCCUUCCUCAAGGCGAUGGGGAGCCUGGACUUCGGCGAGGGACAGAACGAACCGAUGACUACGGAGACCCUGGGCCCCAUGACGAUGGAGGACUUUGAUGAAUUCCUCAGCAAAUACAUCGGAGACACGGCCAAGAUAGCCCUUCUCUUGGACUACGACGGAACGCUGGCCCCCAUUACGUCCAAGCCGGACAUGGCCUUCAUGCCUGCGGAGAUGAAGAACGUCCUCGUCCGGCUGAGCAACAGCAGCGACGUCGCCAUCGCCAUCGUAUCGGGGAGAAGCCUGGAAGACGUGCGGAAGAUGGUCGGGAUCGAUGGAAUCACCUACGCCGGGAAUCACGGCCUGGAGAUCCUCCACCCAGACGGGAGCAAGUUCAUCCAUCCGAUUCCCGAAGAGUACCAGGAGAAGAUGAGGAACAUGUGCCGGGAGCUGCAGGACGCGUGCUGCAGGGAGGGUGCCUGGGUCGAGAACAAGGGUGACAUCCUGACCUACCACUUGCGCGCUGUCCCGAUCCCGCGCAGAGUUGCCCUCAAACAAAAGGCGACCGCCAUCAUCAUCAAGAACGGCUUUAAGGCCUAUUCGGCUCACUGCGCCAUCGAAGCCAGGCCACCUGUCCAGUGGGACAAAGUAAGACUUUUUGCUGUUCUCGACUAA